AUGUCUAACAAAAGAGUUUACAAGCGAACAGCUAAAAACUGGAGUAUUGUUAAUUUUUUAAACAAAUCUAUUAAAGAACCUUUCAAACAUAAAAUAGAUAGUUAUCUUAAAUCUAUUCAGAUAAUUAUAGACAGCGAACAAGGCGAGAGGGCUGAUAGAGCAAAGAUUCUCCAUGAUAAUUAUAAGAGAGCAAGUAAAGCUUUUUUGUUUAAAAUAUUAGAAUAUGUGGCAUGGCAAAGGAUCUGUUCGAUCACUGCUUGCUUGUCUGUUGCUAAAAAGACUACUUGCUUGUCUGUUGCUAAAAAGACUGUUCGUCUAUUCAGCACUGGACCUACUGAAAUACCUUAUAGAACUGCUUCAAAAGAAAAGUAUAUGAAGAAGCAGGUUCAUAUCUACCAACCAAAUCUAAACGCAGGGACUGUAAUAAAUGAAAUAAAUAGUGGAACACUUGGAAGUAUAAACAGCGAAGCAAAAAUUACAUCAAAAAAAAGAGGUUAUAAGGCAGAAAAAGUAGUUAUCUAUUUCGAAAAAGUUAGGAAUAAAGAAUCUAAGGAACAAGCUAACUCCAAGAGGAUGUUUAUGUGUGAUUACAAAAAAUAUAAAAAAUCUUACACUAAAUUGGAUGACUCCAAUAAGUGGAAACUCACAACCAGAACUGUUGUAGAAGAUGCUCUUUAUGCCUUUGGUCUACAUUGUAAAUAUGAACAUCUUGCUCAUUUGUUUGUCUUGGACCCUGACAACGAUACUUACCUGAAAGAAAAUGUUUUCACCAAAAUAGAAUUAUGUGAAAUUCGCCAGUUUCAAGUCAAAGAGAUGCUAUUGAUGUCUCUUGACUUGGUUAAAUAUAUAAAUAGCUUCAACCUUAAAACCACUUCAGAAAUUCGGAAACAAAUCUUUAGUCCUGAUCAAAUAGAUCAAGACUUCAAUAGGUUAAGAGAUUUUGAUAGAGACUGGAUUCGAAAUACAAUACAUAAUUUAUUGCAAGAAUAUGAAUCGAAUACUUUAACUAAGGAUCAUCUAGAACUUUGGAUACUCGUUCAUAUUUGGAGCUUUACCGAUAAAGUUUUUAAUAAUAUUGAGAAAGUGAAAGUGGUCAGAGGGGAGUCAUGUAGCCUGUUGUCAUCAGCACAAAAAAAUCGUAAAAGAACCAUGUCUAGAAUAGCAAAUAUGAAACGAAAAGUGCUUGGAAAGAGAGGCAAUAUGAUUAUUCGUAAGAUAAUAGCAGAGUUUGGGUGUGCAGAAGCAGGUCGACAAUUUGAGAGUGAGAAUGGUACAAAGCUGUUGCAUGAAAGAGGCUUUAAAAUAUCUAAGGUUAUGAAAGACAUGUUCAAAUACCUAUAUGAAACUUUCAACCAAGAUGAUUAUAAAACCUGCCAAUUGGAAAUGAUUGGUUUCCUUCAUACUG